CGGGCGGGGGGGGUUCUCUAAGGGGCUCUCGCUCGGCGCGGCCAUGGAGGCGGACGGGAGCCAGGCUACCUCGGGGAGCCCCGGAGAGGCGCAGCACGACCCCGGCAAGAUGUUCAUCGGCGGCCUCAGCUGGCAAACCUCACCAGACAGCCUUAGAGACUAUUUUAGUAAAUUCGGAGAAAUUAGGGAGUGUAUGGUCAUGCGGGACCCCACCACCAAGCGCUCCAGAGGCUUCGGGUUCGUUACGUUCGCGGAUCCGGCGAGUGUAGACAAAGUCCUGGCCCAGCCGCACCACGAGCUGGACUCCAAGACGAUUGACCCUAAAGUUGCGUUUCCCCGACGAGCACAGCCCAAGAUGGUCACAAGAACAAAGAAAAUAUUUGUAGGUGGAUUAUCGGCUAAUACAGUAGUGGAGGACGUGAAGCAAUACUUUGAACAGUUUGGCAAGGUAGAGGAUGCCAUGCUAAUGUUUGACAAGACGACCAACAGGCAUAGAGGAUUUGGCUUCGUAACUUUCGAAAACGAAGACGUGGUGGAAAAAGUCUGUGAAAUUCACUUCCACGAAAUCAAUAAUAAAAUGGUAGAAUGUAAGAAAGCACAACCUAAAGAAGUGAUGUUUCCACCAGGGACGAGAGGAAGGGCACGUGGAUUGCCGUACACCAUGGACGCGUUCAUGCUAGGGAUGGGAAUGUUGGGUUACCCGAAUUUUGUUGCAACAUAUGGCCGAGGAUAUCCUGGAUUUGCCCCAAGUUACAGUUAUCAGUUCCCAGGUUUCCCAGCAGCGGCUUACGGACCAGUAGCAGCGGCAGCCGUGGCGGCAGCAAGAGGAUCAGGUAGGGGGGCCCGUGGAAGAGCAAACCCUCAGAGUGCAGGGUCAGUCUUGAAUAGCUACAGUGCUCAACCGAAUUUUGGCGCACCCGCUUCCCCGGCAGGCUCCACCCCAGCGCGGCCCGGCGGCUUCCCCGGCGCCAACAGCCCCGGGCCCGUGGCGGAUCUCUACGGCACGGCCAGCCAGGACUCCGCCGUGGGCAACUACAUAAGCGCCGCCAGCCCGCAGCCAGGCUCGGGCUUCGGCCACGGCAUCGCCGGACCUUUGAUUGCAACGGCUUUUACAAAUGGAUACCAUUGAAACGUUACACAUGGUUGGUUGCCAUCUCACUUGGAGAGUCUCUCUGGAUGUCCGGGCAAGACAGGGCGAAGUUUCUGAAGGGGCCCACGGUUGGGUGAUCUCAUCAGACUUUGAGCACUACAUCAUCAUCACCAUCACCAUCAUCAUCAUCACCGCCAACGCAAACUGGAGGUGGCACUCGAAGGACUUGGGUGGUUUAAAAUCUCUCUCAUCAUCUCAUGAAUCUGCUGUACUAUAAAAACAACAGCUUUUAAAAGUAUGUAUAUAAAACCCAUUUCUUGUUGGUUUUAUUUUCUCGGUGGGUUCCCCCCCCCUCUUUUUAAGCCUCUCCAAACCCACAUCUUUUCGUAGCCUUUUGGACAUAGUCUCGUAGCCACGUAGUCGCAAUUCUUUGUGUAUGUAGCGAGAGCCUAACCAUAGUGUAACUGUUAUAUUAAAGGGUUUCUUUUGCUUUUUCUUUCCCACCUCCCCUCCUCCUCCUCCUCCUCCUCCUCCUCCCUUCUGUUUUCCGUAGUUGUUGUUGCUUAAAGGAUGCUGAGAUGGUGACAGGAGCCUGGGCAGCGGCGGGCAGGGCACGGGGAGGGGGGAGCAGCAGGUUCUCUGGCCCUUCUUUUCCUUUGUGGCGUCUUGGUUACUCUAAUUCUCUCUAUUUUCGGCAAUAAGGCGAGGGCGACAAACUUUUUGCGCGUCCUUUUUCUAUAUAAGUGCUUUUUUUUGUUGAAAGAGGUGAUAUAAGGUUUUUUGAAAUUGUGAAUUCUGAAAAAAAAAAAAAGAGAAAAAAUAAUAAAAGUGCUGUAAAUACAAUUCCAUUAACUACAUAGAAACUAUUAAGAAAGAGAAAUACAAACCUAUUUUUGUGACGGAGUCAGCCUAAGGCAGUUUCUCUAUGGAAAUGGAGGAGAGAAGAGAAGGGAGGUGUGGCUGUGGUGGGGGCUGUGGUGCUGUGGGACCCUCCCAGCCCACCCAGCUCACACCAGCAGCUUGCUCUCACACGUGCACAGCCUGCAAAGGAACAGUCUCGAGGGAUUUUUAUUUUAAUUUAAAACCUGCUUUUCCCAAAACUGAUCAAGAAGCUACGAUUUUUCCUACUUAGCGCAUUUACGGUUCAAAGCACACCUUUGUUUUGGUUUUUUAUUUUGGAUUUUGGUUUUUUUGUUUUAGACAUUGUUUUAAACUAGAUCAACUUGCUGUCCAGUCAUUUCAGCUGCUCUGGGCACCCCGUGUGGGCCGAGCAGCGUCCAGCUUGCAUGGUUUCCUUUAUUAUCCAUCACUUUCUGUAAUGUCAAAUUAGAAAGCAACUUUGGUUGGUUUUGAUUUUUUUUUUUUUUUUUUUUUUUUUUUUUUUUUGGGAAUACCUCAGUGCUACAAGUUUCACCCUAGAAGCAACGGAAGAUUUUAAUUUAUUGUAGUUGUAAACAGAAUUUAAAAGAAAUAAAGUAUAAAACAUCAUUGCACUGUGACUGGUAGGGGAAAAACUGACAGUUUCCUAUUUGCACAUGUUUAAUAUUUGGCUGUUAUAUAUAUGGUCCUCUGUUGGGGGAGGAAACUUAUGAAGGAUAUUUUUUAAUUUAAUUUUUUUAAUAUUGGUAAAUAGGCCUGCAACAGCAAACUAGAAGUACAACAUGGUAGGUGGCAUUAAGAACAUACUGUAGUGUGGAUAUAUUUCUUCUUUUUUUAACGUAAUAUUGACAAGUUUUAUUAAUAUUUUUUUAAAUUGUUACGUUUAUAAAUUUGGUACUUUAGGUACAGCCAGUAUAAGACACUGAAUGCGACAUUUGUUAAAAAGAGCUGCUGCACUCCUAUUUUUGUAAAUUUUACUAACAAGUAGACUAAUGUAGACAUUCAAUAGACAAGGUAGAGCAAGGCAUCUUUAACAAAACAAGGCACCAUACUGCUAACCGAAAGGAGAAACCUUGUUUUUCUUGUUUUUAAAAAAAAAAUCAUGCUUUUUAUGUAAUAUUUUAGGUUUUUUUCUUAUUUCAGAACAACCAGGUUUAAGCAAAAUGCUGGACGCUUUUUAAAUAUUGAGACUUGAUCAAGUAAUAAAAGAAAUAAAACCGAAUUCUUUAAAAAAUAAAAAGGUAAAAAAAAAAAAUACUAUGAACCAAAUUCCCUGCGAUUCAGUGUGCCGUCAGGGAAUUUUUUAUUGCUAUUUUGUCAAUGUUGAUGAUGUACUGUACUACCAGUUGGUUUUCCUCUCCAUUCCCUGUCACCUCAUAGAAUAUUCUUUGUUGAUCAUUGUUGUAUGUUAAUAGUGUAUAAAAUGGCUUAUCUUGUAAGAGUGCUGUCCUGAUGGUAGUGUAGUGAAUUUUUCCCCCCCUCUUUCUCUCUUCCUCUUCUAGUACAUAUUGGUAGGUGUAUCGUAAUUAAGGUUAAAAAUUUAGAUGUAGUUAUUCAGAUUUAGGACCAGUAAGGAUAGAACUUUCUCUUAUUUAAGAAAAAAAAAUGCUAAUAAUUUUGGGAAGGUUUUCCUUUUUUGUUUUUUUCUUCUCUUUUUUCUUUCUGUGCUUUUUUUUCUCUUGUUUAUUAUUUUUCUUUUGUUGAUCUGAUGCGGUUUCAACUAACCAAAGGUCUCACAAUGUUAAAAAUGCUGGCAAACUCUUAAGGCAUUUGUAGAUCCCCACCCAUGACUUUGGAAAGGGGAUGUGCCAUACUACCUUAAAUGCUAAUGCUAGAUAUGCAAAACUGGAUUUUUUUAAUUUAUUUUUUAAAAGAGGGAGGCACGGUAUAUUAAAACGAUUUUACUAAGAGAAAAAAAAAAACAUAUUUUUUUAAGAAUGCUCAGAAGAAAUUGCUAAUCUGUGUGAAUAUGUUUUAGAUGUUUAUAUACCUUUUGAGAAGUCCCAGUGGCCCAUAGCACAAAUGUCGUGGAAUCCAAGAUGUUUUGAUGUGGCUACCUAGACUAAGGUUCACGUUAGUCCCCCACUCAUCUAGAAAUCAAUUUUGAAGGAUUAUUUUUUUUUUUUUCCUUUUCCUUCGUUCGUUUGGGGGUUUUUUGUAAAUUUUUCAGCACAAAGGUUCAGCUGCACCUUUGUUUUACUCAAGCCCAGGAGGGAGCGAAGGAUGGUGGAGCCGUGGGCUGGGUUGGGUUGGAAGGACCCUGAGCCCGUCCAGUGCCACCCCUGCCAUGGCAGGGUCACCUCUGCUGUCCCCAGUGUCCAGCCUGGCCUGGGAGCUGCAGGGACAGAGCCAGGACACCUCCUGAGGGACAGAGCCCUGCAGAUCUGCCCUGGGGUGGCCAACAGGAGCCAUCUCCACACCUGGGUGACCCACAGGGGCCACGUCCCCAGCGCCAGGGACAGCCCCAGGAGCCACAAGUGCUUGGGACCCUCCCCUCGAAUAACCCGAGUCCUUCUUGGGAUCGGCUUGGUUAAGGCAAAGCCUGACCUGUCCUUUGGGGUUUUUAUUUUUUCUUACACUUCAUAAAUGUUCAUUUUGAGUUGAAUUUGUAGCUUGGACUUUAAGGUAGCAUGGCUCUCUUUGCUGUAAGUUGAUUUUCUUUUUUCCAUUGUACAGCAGCGUCUGCUGGUGAAUGUCACACAUCUUGCUAGGCUUAGUUAAAUCAUUGGGUAAUUGUGGGUGAUAACGACCUGAAAGGUGUUGGGAUUUCUUUUCUUCCCUGCUUUCAUCUGUAGUGUGAAUGAGGGCUAGCGACUCCAGCCACACGUCCCUUCCUGUUUCGUUUCUGCCAUUCACUCAAUGCAACAUAAUCAAUAAUAAAGCAAUAUAGUUUACUACAUUUUUACUGAAGGCCAGCCAUGGUUCUGUAUGAUAUUGCAUAUGAAACUGUUUACAAAAACAAAAAAAAAAAAAAAAAAAAAAAAAGAAAAACAACACUAACUCAUAGCUGUCUUUUACGCUAUGGCGAUGUCUCUUGGGUGGAAUCUUCUGAAUUCUUUUUUUUAGUGGUUUGGUUUGUUUUUUUCAAAGCGACAUAGUUGAGAGAGAGGGAGAAAAGUGGGGUUAGUGUUAGAAGAGACAGGGAGAAGUGAGGUUAGUGUCAGAAGAGCCAGGAUGCCUCGCAGACACACGGGCACAGACACUGUAGAGUUUCCUACGUACAGAAUCCAGCCGGCCCCGCGCGAACACUACGUGAGGAGAUUCUGUAAGCUAAGCAAUACUUUAAUACUGUAAUAAAAUUACCAAAAAAACCACAAUAAUAAUAAUAAUAAUUAAUAAUAAUAAUAAUAAUUUUUAAAAAGGAAAAAAAAAUACCUUAGUCUGAGAAAGCAAAUCCUCGUGGUGGGUUGUCGGCCCCCCCCAGCAGUCCGACCGUGUUGUGUGGAGAGCUCGGUGUCCGAGCAGGGCCCGGUGGCCAGAGGGGUCACCCCAGGCCCAGAGGGGUCACCCCGGGCCCAGAGGGGUCCCCCUGUCCCAGCAGGGCCCCCCCAGCCCAGCAGGGCCCCCCAGCCCCGGGCUCCUCUGUCCCGUGUCCUCGUAGGUAGCACCCCCGUCAUUCUCUGUCGUACGAGGUCUGAACUCCCAUCAGUACUAGGAUGCAAGUGAGCAUUUCAGGUGGUCAUAAAUGUACCUAAAUAAACUAUGGCACAGUGGCAGGCCUAGCCCUUCCUUUUAUACUUUAGUAUGAACUGAUGAGAACUUUGGUAGUGACUUUUUUUUUAUAUAUAUACAUAUAUAUAUGUAUCUAUAUAUAUCAAGCAUCUUUCAGGUCUCUGUGUAUGGCUUUCUGAAGCCCUGUUGUAAAAUACUAUGUGGAUGGGGGUCUCUCACAUCACAGAUGUGGAAAGUAUAAUUUUAUAUUUGUAUUUUCAAAUAAAUAAGUUUGUGAAAGGUUUCCAUCCUCUACUGUGGUCCAGAAAUCAAUGUGUUUGUCUGACGAAAAAAUACAAUAAACUGUUUUGAACAGA